AUGGCGCUUGUCAACACCAUGUAUCAGUACUCACUGGUCUCCUUCUUAGAAGUUUUUGGACUCUCUCUUCAGAAAUCCAUGCCCAGUGCUUUUCUUCCGACGAGGCUACGGAACAUCAUGGAUAUGCUGACUUUCAGCACCUAUAACUACGGCUGCACAGGCUUGUUUGAGAAGCACAAGUUACUAUUCUCCUUUAAUAUGACUGUCAGGAUAGAACAAGCUGAUGGCAGAGUUCCGCAAGAAGAACUUCAGUUCUUUUUGAAAGGCAAUAUUUCCCUGGAGAAGAGUGCCCGAAAGAAGCCGUAUGCCUGGCUUCCAGAUCAAGGCUGGGAAGACCUAAUUUCCUUGUCUGAACUAUUUCCUGAGAAAUUUGAAUCUCUUCCAGAUGAUGUGGAAAACAAUCCAGAUGUAUGGAAAAAUUGGUAUGAUACGGACGCUCUGGAGCAGAUGCCGUUCCCCAUGCAGUACCAGGACAGUCUCACGAACUUUCAGAAGCUCCUGCUCUUACGCUGUUUCCGUGUGGACCGGCUGUAUCGGGCAGUAAUGGACUAUGUUACUCUGACAAUGAAUGAUAAGUUUGUGCAGCCCCCUGUGAUCAGCUUUAAAUACAUCUUUGAGCAGAGCACUCCUUCAUCCCCGAUUGUUUUUAUCUUAAGUCCUGGCUCUGAUCCUGUCAGUGACCUGAUGAAACUGGCCGAGAAUAUGGGCUUUGGAGGGGAGAGACUCAAACUCUUAGCCAUGGGACAAGGCCAAGAAAAGAUUGCUCUGCAGAUGCUGGAGAGUGCAGCGGUUCACGGAGAGUGGCUGAUAUUGCAGAACUGUCACCUUCUGGUGAGGUGGCUUAUCAGUCUGGAAAAGGCCCUGGAGAAAAUUACAGAUCCUCACCCCGACUUUCGCCUCUGGCUGACUACUGAGCCGACCAAGGGCUUCCCGAUGGGAAUUCUGCAGAAGUCGUUAAAGGUUGUGAUAGAACCACCUAAUGGUCUGAAGCUGAAUAUGAGAGCCACCUAUUUCAAAAUGCCCCAAGAAGCCUUAAAGCAGUGCCCACAUCCUGCCUUUAAAUCCUUAGUCUACGUCUUGGCAUUUUUCCAUGCAGUUGUUCAGGAGAGAAGGAAGUUUGGGAAGGUUGGCUGGAACGUACCAUAUGAUUUUAAUGAAUCUGAUUUCCAGGUCUGCAUGAAAAUUCUUGACACGUACUUGACAAAAGCUUUCCAACAAAAUGAUGAUGAAAUCCCCUGGAGCAGUCUCAAAUAUCUUAUUGGUGAGGUCAUGUAUGGUGGGCGCGCAAUUGAUAGCUUUGAUCGCCGCAUUCUGACCAUCUAUAUGGAUGAGUACCUCGGUGAUUUCGUAUUUGACACAUUCCAAGAGUUUCAUUUUUAUAAAAAUGACAAGGUUGAUUAUAAAAUUCCACGGGGGACUGUCAAAGAUGACUUUGUUGAGGCGAUAGAAUCUCUGCCACUUGCGAAUACUCCGGAGGUGUUAGGGCUUCAUGCAAAUGCUGAGAUUGGUUAUUAUACACAGGCAGUUCGUGAGAUCUGGUCUCAUCUACUUGAGCUGCAGCCUCAAACAGGUGAAACUGGUACGGGAAUUAGUCGAGACGAAUACAUUGCAAAUGUUGCUAAGGAUGUGGAAAAUAAAAUACCGCAAGUAUUUGAGGUUGACCAGAUACGGAAACAUUUUGGACGGAACAUAACCCCUACGACUGUGGUGCUGUUGCAGGAACUGGAGCGUUUUAAUAAGCUGAUCAUUCGAAUGGCAAAGUCACUGGCUGAGCUGCAACGUGCCUUGGCUGGGGAAGUUGGAAUGAGCAGUGAACUGGAUGAUGUGGCUCGAGCGCUCUUUAACGGACAGAUUCCUGAAAUCUGGCGGCGGCUGGCCCCCGACACACUCAAAACACUUGGAAAUUGGAUUAUUUUCUUUAGAGCUCGGUAUAAGCAGUACAGCACCUGGGUUAACGAUGGUGAGCCGAGAGUGAUGUGGCUCUCGGGGCUGCACGUUCCGGAGGCUUACCUGACAGCGCUUGUUCAAGCCACCUGCAGGAAAAACAAGUGGCCCCUGGAUCGCUCCACCCUCUACACAGAGGUAACCACGUUCAGGACUGCAGAGGACAUCACUGAAGAUACUACUCAAGGUUGCUUUGCUUCUGGCCUGUUUCUGGAAGGAGCCGACUGGGACGUGGAGCGCCGCUGCCUCACCAAGAGCAAGCCCGGUGUGCUGGUGGUGGAGUUACCCAUUCUGAAGAUCAUCCCCACGGAAGCGCACAGGCUCAGACUCCAGAACACCCUCCGGACACCCGUGUACACAACCUCCCAGAGGCGGAACGCGAUGGGCACCGGCCUUGUUUUUGAAGCUGAUCUUUACACUAGAAAGCACAUUUCUCAUUGGGUGCUUCAAGGCGUUUGUCUCACCUUGAACACGGAUUGA